AGCGAGCGAGAGUGAGCGCGCCCGGGGGAGAAGCUGAGGUCCGAAAGCUGGAAGCGGUCGUGGCAUUGAGCGGCUGCGCGGUGACCGAGCGGAGCUCCCGAUGAACACCAUCAGACAAGUGCCGGCCAAGGUGCUGCACCGCCGCUCGGUGCACAGUUUGGAAGCGGAGCGGGAGCAGUUUGACAGGCAGCAGGCUGCCAGUAUCAGUAAAGCUAUAAACAGCCAGGAGGUACCUGUCAAAGAAAAGCAUGCACGCAGAAUUAUAUUGGGAACACACCAUGAGAAGGGAGCAUUUACCUUCUGGUCCUAUGCUGUUGGUCUUCCAUUAUCUAGCAGUUCCAUCAUGAGCUGGAAGUUCUGCCAUGUUCUACACAAAGUUUUGAGAGAUGGACAUCCAAAUGUUCUUCAGGACUUCACCAGGCAUAAAAGUAACAUCCGUGACAUGGGAAAUUUAUGGGGUCAUAUGCAUGAUCGGUAUGGACAGUUGGCCAGUGUCUACGUCAAACUUCUCAGCACCAAGAUCGAUUUUCAUAAAAAGCAUUCCGAGUUUCCACCAAAUCUGGAAGUGACUGAUGAAGCUCUGGAUAAAGCUUCUGGCACGGAUGUAAAUAACAUCUUCCAGCUCACGGUGGAAAUGUUUGACUAUAUGGACUGUGAACUGAAGGUUGCUGAAUCUGUAUUCAGGUCACUGGAUACUUCGUACGCAGUAUCACAGACACCAUCUGGUCAGUGUCGACUGGCUCCUCUCAUUCAGGUGAUUCAAGACUGCAGCCACCUGUAUCACUACAUUGUAAAGUUAAUGUUCAAGCUCCAUUCAUGUCUUCCAGCAGACACUUUGCAAGGACAUAGGGAUCGAUUCUAUGACGAAUUUCACAGCUUAAGAAGUUUCUUUAGCCGAUCUCGUGACAUGUUAUAUUUCAAGCGUCUCAUCCAAAUCCCAAAAUUACCUGAGAGUCCUCCAAACUUUUUGAGAGCCUCUGCCCUGGCAGAGCACGUGAAACCAGUAGUGAUUAUUCCCGAUGAAGCCCCAGCGGAUGACAUUGAGGAAUCCGAAAGUCUUGUAGAGGUUUCUGCCGCUCCUGUGGUUGAAUCCCAGAAUUUGGUGGAUGUGGAUAUUUUUGAUGCUGCUUUUGGUCCUCCAACUAAUAAUGGCUUUCUGACGGAUGAUCGAGACCUUCAAAUUGACAACCUGAAGAAAGAGGUGGAACUGCUGAAAGCAGAGCUCGAAAAAGUAAAGGCAGAGGCCCAGACGUACAUUGCGCAAUUGAAAGCCCAGAUUAAUGUGCUGGAGACGGAGCUGGAGGAAACACGCAAGCUCAAGCAAAAGGCACUGGUCGAUAAUGAAGAGCUGCGUGAUGAGCUGGAAAGCCUACGGAAGCAGAAGGGUGAUACGGACAAAGUACAGUUCUUGCUAGUUGAGGCAGAGAAGAAAGUGCAGGCGAAUGAGCAGCGCUACAAUAAGCUGAAAGAAAAGCACAGCGAUCUUGUCAACACUCACGCGGAGCUCCUCAGAAAGAGUGCUGAGACAUCGAAGCAGUUGACAGUUACACAGCAAACUCGAGAGGAAGUGGCCCGUACAAAACAAGAGCUUGAAUUUGCCAUGGAAGAAGCCAAAAGGGAAGCGGAGAUGAAGCUGGAGGACCAGAGCUUCAUAAUGGAACAAUUGAAAAGGGAACUGGAGGCGAGCAAGGAAGAGCUGGCUACCGUCCAGGGCUCACUGCGCAACUCCGAGCAGGCGGGCUCUGAGAUGAACACAAGACUGCAAGGCCUCGAGGCAGAGAAGGACAACCUGAGGAAGACUGUGGCUGAAAAGGAAGCCGAAGCGUACUCGCUGAAGAACGCGAUUCAGGAGAAGGAGACGGCGAUGCGCACUGAGAAGGACAAAGCCUCACGGGAGCUGGAAGAACUCCAGGGAAAAUUCAUGGAGAAGACAAACCAAGAGCAGCAGCUUCAGCAGAAACUUCUAGAUGAGCAGUUCCACAUGGUCCAGGGCACUGUGAGGGAAGCUGAGAGCAUCAUUCAAGACGCUAUUGCAAAACUGGACGAUCCGUUGCACAUCCGGUGCACCAGUUCACCAGAUUACCUAAUCAACAGGGCAGAGGCAGCAUUGGGAUCGGUGAACUUGAUGCAGCAAGGACACUCCCAGUACAUAAAGAACAUGGCAGAUGCUAGCAGCCUCUUGCAGGCAUUGACCAGGUUUGCACAUUUGGCCGCGGACACCAUAGUAAAUGGCAGUGCCACCUCACAUCUGGCACCAACUGAUCACGCUGACAAACUAACAGACAGCUGCAGAGAGUGUGGGAAGGAGAGCCUAUGCUAUUUGGGUCACUUGAAGGAUAAGCAGUCAGUUGCACAUGCAGACCCCACAGCUGCUCGGAGAGCGAUUCAGAAAAUCCUUGACCUUGGGCAGGAGCUGAGGCCCAAGAGCAUGGACGUCAGACAGGAAGAGCUUGGCGACAUGGUGGAUAAAGAGAUGGCGGCAACAUCAGCAGCCAUUGACGACGCAGUAAAGAGAAUUGAGGAAGUGAUGGAGCAAGCCAGACAAGGAAGCUCUGGGAUUAAACUUGAAGUUAACGAAAGAAUUCUAAACUCUUGCACCAGUCUCAUGAAGGCAAUAAGGCAGUUGGUGAUGGCCUCAACGAGCUUGCAGAAAGAGAUUGUGGAAAGUGGCAGGGGGGCAGCAACUCCAAAAGAAUUCUAUGCAAAGAACUCUCGCUGGACAGAGGGCCUAAUCUCUGCCUCCAAAGCUGUUGGAUGGGGUGCCACACAGUUGGUAGAUUCAGCUGACAAAGUUGUCCUCAAGACCGGGAAGUACGAGGAGUUGAUUGUUUGCUCACACGAGGUUGGAGCCAGCACAGCGCAGCUUGUGGCUGCAUCAAAGGUGAAGGCAGACCGGAGCAGCAGAAACCUGUCCCGGUUGCAACAAGCCUCCAGGCACGUAAAUGAGAUGGCUGCUAAUGUGGUCGCAUCAACAAAAUCUGGACAGGAACAGAUUGAAGAUAAAGAUACUAUGGAUUUUUCUGGAAUGUCAAGGAUUAAACUUAAAAAGCAGGAGAUUGAAACACAGGUGAAAGUUUUGGAGCUGGAAAAUAAACUGGAGCAGGAGAGGAUGAAGCUUGGAGAUCUCCGGAAGAAACAUUAUGAGCUGGGAGGAACACACGAUGAACUAUUAGAAGACGAGAAGCUACCUCCAAAACCUGGAAUUUCAAAGAAACCGCCAGUGUCCCAAAAACCAACCAUCCCACCCAAGAAAGAUCCCCAGUUAAAUGUAUCUGAACCGAACUACGUUUCUCAUUUACGGAACUCUCAAUAAACCUGGUGGCUGCAGUUUGCUGGACCAGAGAACAAGUCGCUCUGCAUUCUUUACAAGUCAAGCCCAUCAGAUGGCAGUGCUACAUUCCAUAAACUUGCUCACUUUACUCUUUCGAUGUGCCCCCUAUGAAUUAAUGAAAAGCAGAAUUGUAGGAGCUAAGUUCAUACAUUAAUAUGCAUGUUUUCAAAUUGGUCAUGCAAGAUGAAAUGGGGGAUCAGUGGUUGAAAUAACCAUUCAUUUUAACCUUUUGCAAUCAGUCCUUUAAGAAUCAGACUUUUUUUUUGUUAGGAAGAUUAAUUAGGUGCACUGUAUAUUUCCUACUGGGCUAAAAUAUUUGUUUAGUUGUUGGCAAGCACCAGCAACCUUAAGUAAAGAUUAAGUAGCUUCAAAAGCUUUGUACAUAAUUUUAACUCAGUUUCUGGGAAAUCUAAAGUAUUUUAUAUGUAUGUGGAAAUUUUAACAGGUGUGCUGUAUUUAUUAGCAAUAGAAAGUUUUGCCCUAUGAACAUUGUCUUCAGUUGUAUUCAAUUUUGAGAACUGAAUUUUAAUGUAAAAUUUGAAAUAAACUGAGUAAAUGUAUUGUUUUUGUACAUCAGAUGUAACCAAAGAUUCAAACAGUCAAAGAAAUCUUGUAUCCAUAAGAAUGUAUUACUGUUACAUACAUUUAAAUUUAAGAUUUAUUUUGAUUUUUGAACUUUAAACUUCAAUAACUAACUUAUGCCUCCCACCUGCCCUCCUGCCUGUGAAGUAAAUUAAGUAUAGGUCAAUUUUGAGAGUAGGUAAAUAAACCAAUUCAACUUUCCAUUUGCCUCAAGGGGUCUUGCUAUUUUCUCCCUCACAUAAUGGAAAGAGUUGGGGCUAGAGCUUUAGAUUUGCACGUGACUCAGAAAUAAACAAUGGUUCUAAAUAUUUGACUUAUUUCGCUCAAGUUGCACUGAAUGCCCCCAAACCUUGGGUGGACAGAAAAACAAUGGGGGGGGGGGGAAGAGAAAAGAGAAAAAAAGCACUAUUCAGAUGAAGGAAUUGUUCUCUCCCAGUUUCUGUGGAGUUGUAGAACUUGUUUUUGAUUGCACUAUCUUUUACUUUAGCUAAGGCUUCUCCACUGCUAUAUUUGAUAGGACUCUCAACCAUAUCUAUUUCCUGUAUUUUUCCUCAACCCUUUUCAGCUAGAGCGAAUAGUAUUCCCUUCUUCUCUCCAUUUGUCCCUUCUCACUGCUCAAUCCUACUAUUAAUUUUGUCCACUGUGGCUACUGGCCAAGCAGAGGAGGUCCAGCAUUUUCUGUUGCUCACACUAAUAUUUAUACAUCUCCUUGGCCUCAUCUAUUGUGGCUCUUGUUAUCCAAAUAAUUUUCAAAUUAAUCCUUGUUCACACUUAUCCGAAAAACCACCAAGAUUUAAGCAUCUCAAAGUCUGCCGCCUUGACUAUGUCAUUGCAAAAGCAGGCAAAGGCCAUCAUACCUUAAUGAACCACGCACUAAAUAUCUGGUUCCCACCUUGACCCAUUAACUUGAAAUCUACUCAACCGAGCUUCUGGUGCUCUAUCACAAGUUGAAGGGCCUGGAGCUCUUGCAGCUCCGAAAAGGUGUUAAAAUUGCAUAUUUAUCAACUUACUAUUAUUCUAUCAAGUUGAUGUUCUUUCCAGCUCUAGGUAUGGUUGGAAUAUAUUGCAGAAGACCAAUGAAGAAAAAAAAAAAUUAAAGGUUACACAGCCCUACCAAUCAUGAAGGAGUUGCUGGACAAUGGCAAAUAUACAAGUUUGAAACUGGAUUCACACAACCACAGCAAACACAUACUCUGUGUGCACUAUAUUCUAAUC